AUGUAUCGCUUCCCCACCGUCCUCCACCGCCGCAAACUAUCUUCUAAUGCCACCAUACCACUCGAACUACCCUUAUCCCACCCUAUCUACACUAUCUGGGGCUCCAACACCGAUGUCGGCAAAACCCUAGUUUCCGCCGGUAUCGCCGCCUCCUACCUCCUCUCUUCCACUCCCCCCGUCAAAUUCCACUACCUCAAGCCUCUCCAAACCGGUUUCCCUUCCGAUUCCGAUUCCCGCUUCGUCUUCAACAAACUCCGCCAACUCCACAACCGCAAAAGUAACCAUAACAUUUCUCUUUCCGCGUCAAACAUAGUCCUUAAUGUCUCUCCUGCUGUGAGGGACUCCGCAAAGGAGAUAGAUCGUUUUGAGUGUGAAGAUGAUUCUUCUACCUCAUCGGAGUUGAUCUGCAAGACGUUGUACGCGUGGGAUGAGGCUGUGUCGCCGCAUUUGGCGGCUGAGAGGGAAGGUUUUGUUGUGGAGGACUCGACGGUGCUGGAAACGUUGCAGCUGUGUUUUCGUGAGGUGGUUGAAAGUGGUGUUGGUAAAGAGAGGUCGGAAGUUCUUUGUAUUGUGGAGACUGCCGGUGGAGUUGCCAGUCCUGGAUCUUCUGGUUCACUUCAAUGUGACUUGUAUAGGCCAUUUCGUAUUCCUGCAGUUCUUGUUGGAGAUGGCCGGCUUGGAGGUAUUUCCGGAACAAUAUCGGCUUAUGAGAGCUUGACGCUUCGUGGUUAUGAUGUUGUUGCUAUUAUUUUCGAAGAUCACGGCCUUUUAAAUGAGGGCCCACUAUUGUCUUAUGUGCGGAACAAGGUUCCUGUUUUAGUGCUACCAACUGUUCCGAAAGAUCCAUCAAAUGACCUAAUGGAAUGGUUUGAAGGCUCUCACUCUGUAUUUAGUAAUCUAAAGGAAAUAAUGCUAUCUGCUUAUGUUGAGAGAAUUAGGAAGUUGCAUGAAAUGCCAAAUAAAGCAAGGGAUAUCAUCUGGUGGCCUUUCACUCAACACAAACUUGUACCAGAUGGAGGGGUCACAGUUAUUGAUUCACGCUGUGGUGAAAAUUUUGCAGUCUUCAAGGAUAAGAAGACAGAAGUCAUAGCACCAUUGUUUGAUGCAUGUGCUAGUUGGUGGACUCAAGGACCUGAUGCUAUAUUGCAGGCUGAGCUUGCUAGGGACAUGGGAUACACUGCUGCAAGAUUUGGGCAUGUUAUGUUCCCGGAAAAUGUUCAUGAGCCAGCCUUGAAUUGUGCCGAGCUUUUGCUUCAAGGCGUGGGGAAAAGUUGGGCUUCUCGAGUAUUUUUUUCAGACAAUGGAUCUACAGCAAUUGAAAUUGCUCUAAAGAUGGCGUUUCGUAAAUUUUCGCUUGAACAUGGACUUAUUCCUGACAGUCACAAGGACGCUACAGAUGAAAAAUCCAUUGAGUUUAUGGUUCUUGCACUUCAGAGAUCUUAUCAUGGCGACACCUUGGGUGCUAUGGAAGCACAGGCACCAUCAUCUUAUACAGGCUUCCUGCAGCAACCAUGGUACACUGGAAGAGGCCUCUUCCUUAGUCCUCCUUCUGUCUCUAUGCACAACAAUAAAUGGAACAUUUCCAUUCCUGAAGACUUUCAAUCGGAAAAUCUGAAACAUGAAAGUCUCAUCUUUGAUUCACGCGAUGGAAUAUUUCACAAGCGCAGAGAUGAUUCUGAACUUGCCCCAGUUUAUUCAUCUUACAUAUCAAAAGUAUUAUCUGAAUUUAGAGGGUCGAGCAAGAUUGCAGCAUUGAUUAUGGAACCAGUCAUACAAGGUUCUGGUGGAAUGCAUAUGGUGGAUCCACUUUUUCAGCGCAUACUUGUUAAUGAGUGUCGAAGUAGAAAAAUUCCAGUUAUUUUUGACGAGGUUUUUACUGGUUUUUGGCGUUUGGGAGUAGAGACUGCAGUGGAUUUAAUCCACUGUGAACCCGAUAUAGCUUGUUUUGGGAAGCUGAUGACUGGUGGGAUGAUACCUUUGGCUGCCACCUUAGCAACAGAUGCUGUAUUUGAUUCAUUUAUUGGAGACUCAAAGCUCAAGGCUCUUUUGCAUGGACAUUCUUACUCUGCACAUGCUAUGGGCUGUAUGGCCGCUGUAAAAUCAAUCCAAUGGUUUAAAGACCCUUUGUCCAACCCUAACGUCGCUUCAGAAGGAAGAUUACUUAGGGAGUUAUGGAAUGAUGAAUUGGUUCUGAAGAUUUCGUCACACUCUGCUGUUCAAAGAGUAGUGGUGUUAGGAACACUGUUUGCCUUGGAAUUAAAAGCAGAAAGCAAUAAUGCUGGGUAUGCAUCAUUGUAUGCAAGGCCCCUUCUUCAGAAACUCCGGGAAGAUGGUGUGUACAUGAGGCCUCUUGGCAACGUUAUUUAUAUCUUGAGUGGACCCUGCACAUCUCCAGAAAUUUGCAAUCAAUUGCUCGUCAAACUUUAUGACAGGCUUGAAGAAUUUGAUGGAUGCAAGAAUUGA